AUGUCAGAACUAGACUUUUCAAAUUUAGCAAUUCCUAUUUAUAUGAUAAACAUCAUGAAAUGCAAACGGGCUGGUAACGGAAGUGUCGAUUUCCCUGUACAAUCUCAAGACUCCGAAAUAAAAAUGAAUGGUGAUGUCCAGGGGAAUAAUGUCAUACACAUGAGCUUUUCGGAGUUUUUAACCAGUUUGAAGAAUCGUGCAUGUACUAACGAAGUGUGUAAUCCGAACUCUGAUACUCAACAGAAAUUGGAAAAUUCAGUAGUUCAGCACAAUACUUCUUCUUUUAAGGCAAAUGUAUUGCAAAAUGUCAGCAGUAUUUCCAUCCCUGAGACUAAAGAUGUCUCCAGUGAGCCAUCAUUACUUGAAACAAAAGCUGAUUCUCCCCCUUCCCGAAAUACUGAAUAUCAUUCCAGUCAAACCCUGAAUCAUAUGAACUGUUCAGGAAAAGGUUUCUGUGUUUCUGUCUCGAAUCCAUCUUCAAACCAAAUGGUGCAGAGGAUAACGGAAUUCUAUAUCCCGAGAAUUAGUAAUUACCAUAUCUGUUGCAAAAAUAUUACGGAUGAGUAUUCGGAUUUUCCGAUUUCUAAAUGUUUGCAACAAUUUCAAUCUCGUUCUACUGAGUCUUUCAAAACAGGUCAACUUCAAACUGUUGUAAAUGAAUGUCAGUUGUGGGUAGAUAAGUAUACACCAACAAGCUGUUCUGCUUUUCUUAACACAUGUCCUGGGAUACGAAAACUCCGUCAGUGGUUAGAGAAAUGGAAGGAUAAAAAUUCCAAAGGAGAGAAUUCAACGAAUAAAUUAUUGAAUGGAACGCCGGAAAUGAGAUGUACAAAAAAAAGACUCCGAAAUGAUUCUAGUGAUUGUAGUGAUGAUGACUUCAUUAUCGAACGCUCAACAAAUAAACGUCAAAAAAGUCAUCAUCAUCAUCAUCAUCCUACUUCAUAUGAUCAAGUUGAAAAAAAGACUGAAAAUUCCGAUAUGAAAUUACCUAUUGGCUAUAAUGAAGAUCAAGUGGACUCCUCCAACUCCAAUAGCCCCAGUGGAACAGGCAAAUCUUCAUUGAUUUAUGCUUUGGCCAAUGAUUUAGAUUUUAAGGUAUUCGAGUUGAACCCUUCAAGUAGACGUUCCGGUAAAGAUAUUACAUCUCAAUUUCAGAGUGCACUGAACUCACAUCAUGUAGCUAAAGAUAAUCUAUCAACUAAUUUUAGUACAUUUGAAAUGAUAACAUCCUCCUCGUCAUCAGUGUCAUCGUCAAAUAAGAAUAAGUCGAAACAGGCGCAAAGAUCUGCAGCGAAUUUUUUCAAACCAAUUUCUAAAAAAACUACUACCACUACUGCUACUACUACUAGUGAGGAAAAAGUUAACACUUCUAAGAAAGACGUAGACUGUUUAAAUCUAAAUUGUAAUUCAGUAGUAUUGUUCGAUGAGGUGGAUGUACUUUUUGAAAGUGAUCGAGGUUUUUGGUCUGGUCUGAGUAAUUUAUUGCAAUUAGCUCGCCGUCCAGUUGUGCUUACUGCUUCUGAUCCUUCAAUAAUUCACAAUAUACCAGUUCCAGUGUAUGUUUGUCAUACUACAUCAGCUUCAUUGGAUAUAGUGAUCCCAUAUAUUCGUGCUAUAUGUUUAGCUGAAGGAUAUGAUUUAAGUAUACAAACUGCUAAUUCACUCAUCAAGAGUAUAAAAUCGUCUGAAACAACAUCAAUUGAUCAGUCUACGGAGUAUUGUGAUCUUCGACGACUUAUUAAUGAGCUACAAUGGUUCGCUGUCAGUUCAUCAUCAUCAUCAGUGUGUAAAACACAUAAUCAUAUGAAAAAUGAUUCAUCCAUCAUGAUGGAGUUUCUCCAUGAUCCGCUAGUUUGGUUUCAAACAAUUUGUCCUUCUCUGUCUGGUUUACGUGGACGGAGCAAUUCAAGCUUCAAGCCAUCGGUGAAAUCUAAACUGCCAGUUGGCAACGAUUUAUACGAGUUAUUUACAUCAGAAGAUGAAGUUAAUUGUGAAACUGGGAAUCGUAAUAAUAGUGAACCUAUGCCCAGUAAUGUUGAAAAUGUUGGUGAAAACACUAUCGGAACAAGUAAUGAAGCGGAUAUAAAAGACAACAAAGAGAAUUCCCUGUUGAUUGAUUGUACUUUAAAAGCAUUAAAAGAGAUGAGUGAUAAUCUUUCCUUCUGGGAUAUUUGUCAGUCAAGUGUAAAUCGAGCCGGUUUAUCGUCAAUUGUUGAUUCGCUCAGCCAGAUAAUUGAAGUAAAAAAUACACUUGAAAUAAACGACAACACUGGUAAUAAUAACACUUCACCAGUCAAUAUCGAUUCAUCUACUACUACUAUUACUACUACUACUGGUGUCAAUUCAAGGCCUGCUACUAAUUCUGGUUAUGUAAAGGGUGUGAUUAACUUGCCUAGUGAACAUUUUCAGCCAAUUAUUCCAUUCGAUAUUGUUAAUGAUGAAUUUUUCAAUGUUUGCUGGAUACAAUAUAUACUUAAUGAAAGUCAGGAUAAUCUUAAAAAUAUUGAAAAUAAAUUGAACAUUACAAAUCCUUCUUGUAUCAGUAAUCCACUCAACGGGAAGAUCAUUUCAAGAUCGCUUGAUUCAAGUCAAACAGUGUCAUUGGCAAAAUGUAUAUCUGACUUGAAUCGUUGCGGAAUCGGUGGAAAUCGUCAUGAUCAGAUGAAAACAACAGUGUGUGAUUACCUACCAAUGUUGCAUAUAUUAGCAUCUGGCGAAUGUUCUAAGCAAGUUGUCUCCACCAAAAGACGCUUUCUGCAUUAUUUCGAUCGAAUUUCACUCUUUCUUCAUCCAUCUACUCGUGAAUUUUUGGCGAAAUUUCAUUUCUCAUAA